AUUAUUCAUUUUGUUAGAUACCCUGGAUGGUGUAGUACAUUUUGUUGUGAAAUAGUGAAAAAGUUUCUAACUCCGUAUAAAUUUAGUGAAGACACAGCUACCAACGUAAAUUUAUCCUUAAUGAAGUCGAAAACACUAACGGUUUUAAUCAUAUUUGGCGUCUGCUAUCAAUUCACAAAUGGCGAUCUACCUUCCGAAAUAGAAAAAUGUCACGCUGGCGAUGUUGAUUGCAUUGCUAAAACACUUCCGUUCAUUUUACAAAACUAUGCUCAAGGAAUUCCGGAAAUCGGUCUUACCGAUAUAGAAAAACUUUCACUCGACGAUGUUGUUCUUACAAAAGCGAACCCGCAUUCGGGAGUUUCGCUUAAUUUGGAAUUCAAGAAAAUGUACCUGCAUGGCAUCAGCAAUUUAACUGUGCAACGCAUCGUGGGCUUUGAAAAGGAUCCACUCAAUUCAAAAUUUGAAAUAUAUAUAACCAUACCAAAUUUGGUAGUCGAUGGAGAAUACAUUUCUAGCGGCAAGGUGCUGAUACUACCAAUGGACGCCACUGGUUAUGCGAAAAUAAAACUGAAGAAUAGCAAACUCAGUUUGAAAUUUAAGAGCGAAGAAGUGCGGAAAGAUGGCAAGCAGUUCAUAAAAAUUAAGGACCUCAAAUGCAAAUUAACACCAGAAUUAAUGAAAGUGAAAUUCGAAAAUCUAUUUAAUGGUAACGAACAAUUGGCCAAUUCUCUAAAUCAACUCAUCAAUGACAAUUGGAAGGUGCUGUAUUCUGAUAUGGAAGAUCAAAUAAAUGAUGCGGUUGCGAAAAUUGUUAAACGGCUGUUGGCUGGUGUGUUGCGAGUAUUGCCCUAUGACGAGUUUUACGGAAAGGAUUGA